AUGCACUUUGUGUUCUAUGCGUUUUUCCGUGGGUAUCAAUGGCACAAUGGCCGGCUGCGCCCCGCGUCCCCCGGCCGCCCCGCCCUCCCCGCGCGCCCGGUCCCCGCCACCCGCCGGAUGUUGACGGCGUUGCCUAGCGACGGAAAGAUGGCCGAGGCCGGCGACCCGGCCGGAGGCGCCCAACUCUCUCCCAAACCCGGGACGCGGGAGCCCGUAGUAACCAUGGCAACCAGUAGGCUUGGUGCCUGCUUCCCAGCCGCAGCGCUGGUGGAGCGCUCGCAGCGGGGUGCACCGGGUACGCCUCGACCAGCCCAGCUCCCAGGCUCCCUCCUGGCAGGACAGUUCCUAACCCGCCUCACCGAGCUGGGUGGUAAUGGCGGGGAAAAAGCCAGCAAAGAACCCCAGGAGCAGAAGUUCCCUAUAUGGGUGCGCCACCGCUUCCGCCUGAGCCGGGGGAGCAGCGUGGUGUCCUCUGAUGUGGACGAGCUCCUCCUGAGCACAGAGGCGCCCUCCAGACAGCAGCCAGGUACCCCCUCCGAAGCCCCCGCAAGGGAGGAAGUCCAGCCCGCAUUCCUGGACCGCCUCCAGCAGUUAAGCCCCGAGGAUGAAGAGGCCCUGGCGGAGAGAAGGGAGUCUGAGGGAAGUGACGAGGCGGAAGAUGAGACCCAGCUGGUGGUUUUGGACCCAGACCAUCCCCUGAUGAUCAGAUUCCAGGCGGCGCUGAAGAGUUACCUCACUCGACAGAUAGAGAAGCUGAAGCUGGAGCUCCAGGAGCUGGCCGUGGUCACCAAGCAGACGCACGCCCAGCGGCAGGACGUGGGCAUGAACCUGUACGGGGUCCAGCAGCACCUGGCGCGCUUGCAGAUGCAGCUGGAGCGCAACCAUGACCGCUACUCCAUCGCGGCCUGCGAGCGGCGGCAGAAGGAGGAGGAGCUGCAGGCCACGCGCGUCCUCUACGCCCGGACCUGCGAGGCAGCCAACGAGGAGCGCAGGAAGCUGGCGGCGCUGCACACCGAGGUGGAGAGCCUGUCCCUGCGCCUCUUCUACAUGCAGAAUAUAGACCAGGAUGUGCGUGACGACAUCUGCGUGAUGAAGCAGGUCGUCAAGAAAGCUGAGAUGGAGAGGAUGCGGGCCGAGAUAGAGAAGAGAAAGCAGGACCUACACGUGGAUCAGCUCACCACUCAAGCCAAUCAGCUGGAAGAAAACAUCGCCCUGUUUGAGGCUAAGUAUCUUGCCCAGGCUGAGGACACCCGGACCUUACGAAAAGCAGUGAGUGAGGCCUGCAUGGAAAUUGACGCCAUCAACAUGGAGAAGAAGCGUAUCCUGCAGCAAUGGGCCACCAGCCUGGUGGGGAUGAAGCACCGCGACGAGGCCCACAGGACCAUCCAGGAGGCCCUGAGGUGUGGGCAUCAAGUCAAGUCCAUCGACGGGGAGAUCGAAGCCUACAAGAAAUCAAUCAUGAAGGAGGAAGAAAAGAACGAGAAGCUAGCAAGCAUCCUGAACAGGACGGAGACCGAAGCCAACCUCAUGCAGAAGUUGACCGCCCAGUGCCUGGCCAAACAGGAGGCCCUGCAGAACGAGUUCAACACCUACCGGCUAACCCUGCAGGACACGGAGGACAUUCUAGCCAAGGCCCACCAGGAACACACAGCCCUCCUGGGCGAGCUGCAGACCAUCAGCCAAGCCAUCCAGAACGAGAUGGACACGAGGAGGAAGUUGGAGGCGUCCAUCCUGGAGAAGCUGCAGGAGCACGUGACCUCCAACAAGAUGACCAAGUACUUCAGCCAGCUCAUCGUCAAGCUGCAGAAGGAAAAGACCAACCUGGUGACACAUCUCUCCAAAAUUGACGGCAACAUCGCUCAGGCCACCCUCAACAUCACGAACACCAACUGCCGGCUGGACAUGCACCAGAAGACGCUGGCUGAGCUGGACAAGGAGGUGAAGAAAGUCAACGACCUCAUCACUAACAGUGAGAACGAAAUCUCCAGGCGCACGAUCCUGAUUGAGAGAAAGCAGGGACUCAUCAACUUCUUCAAUAAGCAGCUGGAACAAAUGGUUUCCGAAUUGGGGGGGGAAGAGGUCGGGCCCCUGGAACUCGAGAUCAAGAGGCUGACGAAGCUGAUUGAUGAGCACAACGCCAGCGUGAUCCAGGCCCAGGUGAGCUGGCUGCGCCUGCAACAGGAGAUGGUCAAGGUCACCCAGGAGCGCGAGGAGCAGCUGGCGAACCUGGACAUCUUCCGGAAGGAGAUCCACAUCAUGGAGCAGAAGAAGCUGCGGAUCGAGAACAAGAUCACGCAGGAGAAGAAGGAGCAGAAGGAGAUUGAGCGCCACAUGAAGGACCUGGACAACGACCUGAAGAAGCUCAACAUGCUGAUGAGCAAGAACCGGAGCAGCUCGGAGGAGCUUCAGCAGGUCACCGUGGUGACGGAGACCGAGUUCGUGCGCUCGCUCAAGGCCUCUGAGAAGGAGAGCAUAGAGCUGCAGGAGAAGCUGAACCAGCUACAGGAGGAGAAGCUGACCAUCCUGAGCAGCCUGGUGGAAGCAGAGCACCAGAUCAUGCUUUGGGAGAAAAAAAUCCAGCUGGCAAAAGAGAUGCGCGCCUCGGUGGAUUCCGAGACCGGCCAGGCCGAGAUCCGAGCCAUGAAGGCCGAGAUCCACAGGAUGAAGGUGAAGCAUGGGCAGCUGCUGAAGCAGCAGGAGAAGAUGAUCCGUGCCAUGGAGAUGGCCGUGGUUCACAGAGACACCAUCACAGCCCGGGCUGAGGGCCAGAGCAAGACAGACAAGAAGGUGUUAACCCUCACGGACUUCCACCACAAGCAGGUGGAGCUGAGACGGAAAAUCAGGGACACUCACAAGGCCACCGAGGACUGCACGACAACCGUCUUGGAGCUGGAAGAAAGGCAGAAAAUCUUGAGUGACUCCCUGACGGAGAAGCAGGAGAAGCUGUCAGCCGUGCAGUCGGACUCCGAUGUCCUUGACGCCGACCUUGAACGGCUCGUGGCCCUGAAGCGGCAGAACCUCUCGGAGAUCGUGACCUUGCAGACGCGCCUGAAGCACCUGCAGGCCGUGAAGGAUGGGAAGUACGUGUUCCUGGUCCGCUCGGAGCAGUCCCUGCAGGCGGAGAGCACGCGGCUGGACAACCGGCUGGCCGUCAUCAGCGCCGUCCUGGACCACGUGAAGAAUGAGUACCCCCAGUUUCAGGAGACCUUGCACAAGCUCGGCCAGACCAUCGCCACCAGGCUGGAGGCGUCUGGGUCUUCCUAG